CGCGCGAAGAAGAACGACGCUGCGGAAGUGACGUCAUCAAAGCGGUGCUCCCGACCUUGCGUAGAGCAUGGAAUUUAUUUAAAAAGCAACCUAAAAUGUUCUCACAUUACGUGCUGUUUUAUUGCUCGUGUUGAUUUGAUCAAGAUUCACACGAUGAUAUCUUUAAUCAAGACUGCCGUGGGUAGCGUGGCCGCCGUCUGUAGCCGUGGUCACCAACAAGGACUCCUGCACGGCCACUUGAAAGCUCUAACCUCCGGAGUGAAGACAUACGAAAUCCCUCCUGACUUCAGCGAUGUGCUGAUGCCGGAGAGGACCAAACUGAAGUUUAUGGACAAGGUGCCUAACUUGAAAAAACCUAAGAAGGAGAUGAAGAAGCUGCGAGACAUUCAAGGCCCCGCUAUGACUUCGAACACCUUCACCAAUGGACAGUACGCCAUAGUGGCUAUGGGAGGGGGCUACCUCCAUUUUGGUCACAUCGAGAUGAUGCGUCUAAUAGUCAACCGAAAGAUGGACACCAGAACCACGUUUGCCCGCUGGCGCAUCAAAGCCCCGUACAAGCCCAUCACCCGUAAAGGGCUCGGUCAGCGCAUGGGUGGAGGCAAGGGAGCCAUCGACCACUACGUGACGCCUGUGCGCUGCGGUCGCUUUAUCAUAGAAGUCGGGGGCAAGGUGGAGCUCAAGGAAGUGGAGGAUUACCUCAUCGAAAUCACCAAAAAGCUUCCAUUUCCUUCUAAGGUGAUGAGUAGAGAGAGCCUAGAAGCCUUCAAACAGAAACAGAUCGACAAGGAGAAGAAUAACCAAAACCCAUGGACUUUCAAAAAGAUCGUCCAAGGGAACAUGCUCGGUAUUAGGAAGGUCCUCAGCCCGCGUGACCUGGCGAAUCAGGGACGAUACACAGGAAAAUUUUUCUCUCCCGGUAGAGUGUGAUCGUCCCCAAAGACACUUCUUCCCAACGCCAUUGGAGGAUCCUUCGAUCUACUUUUCCGAAUAUAUAUGAGAGACUUGUGCUAUGCAUCUCCAUUUGAAAUGUCUUCAUCUUCAUCACCUUUUUCUGACAAAUCCACCCAUAACAAUAUUGAGUUUUAGCCUCAUCAAUAAAAAAAUAUUUCAAUGUGAAAA